AUGAAAAAACAUUAUUUAUAAAUGUUUUAUUUUAUUUUUUAGGACCUUGAGCCCGGGAAGCAAUACACCGUCUGCAUCAGCAUCGUGUUCCAAAAUGUGUCUAACAAGAAGGCGGUACUCCGAGACCAAUGCAGGGAGGUUCAAACCAGGCCGCUAUUGCUGAGUGAAAAAGGAAUAUCAGUCGCUGCUAUGGGGACCAUUGUUGGAUCUCUCAUCGUACUGCUCAUCCUCAUCAUGAUCAUUGCACUGGUGUGUCAACGGAGAUGCAUGAAGAAAAAGGCCAUCCCCCUACGACCAUUAGGACCCUCUGCGUCAGCGAGGAGUAUGCGCUCAACGAGCAGGCAGCAAAGAAUGCUUCAUCCAUCCAGGAAUGCUAACGCAGCUACCAGCAUGACCAGUGAUGAAUACGACACUGCUAAGAUACACAUCCCCUAUAACAGUCAGCCCCUCAUCGCGUCUUAUAAACACAGCAACAAUCCAUUCUUGAGUCCACCACCGAUACAUGCAUGCGCGAACAACGCAAACGAGCCCGAGUACGGUAACGUAUUUCAUAACCCGCGCGUGAUAAUGAUGACGCAUCCACCAUGCGCUCCCUCCUAUGCGCCACCUGAUGUGACUGAAACCAAACAGUCCCUGUUAACUUCGGAUGUAUUCCACUAUAAUAGAAGACUACAGCGUGUUAGUAGUGUGCCACCAGCUAACAUCAGGGAAUUACCGGUAACCAUCCGUAACCAUGUCAUGCGUACAGCUAAUGCGCGUGAUAUGGAUGCUAGCAGUGAAUUUGACUUGCACCGGACAUACUUCUUCCCUAAAUUUUAAUAGUAUUUACAGAAGCAGGCUUUAAAUAUUAUAACCAAGUUCCAAACAUCAACAUUAACUGUAUGAGAGGACAGACUGUCGAGGCUAUAGAUUUCAAAUUCAAGCUGAUUAUCUGCAUAUGAUACAUCAUGUAUACCGUGGCAAUUUACAUGGUUCAUUAUGUUAUCUUCACAAGGGAUUUCCUUUAAGCUGCCUUGAGCCUUGAUGUAGUCCACAUCACUGUAUACGAGUAACAUCAAAGAGGGCUUAUAAAGACACAUGGACACCAUUGGUAGAACAGAAACUCACUUGGAAACCAGAAAUGGAGAGCUGCUGAUAGUGUAAAACAUUGUGAGAAAACGGCUCC